AUGGAUUUGGAAAAUAAAGUCGCAAUAGUAACUGGUGGAGCUACCGGCUUGGGUAGAGCCUUCAGUGAAGAGCUGUUGAAGCAUGGAGCAAAGGUUCUCAUCUGUGAUUUAGACUACGAUGCCGGUGAAUUAGCAAUGUCAGAGCUAAAGAAACAAUAUAAAGGAAGAGUAUUGUUCCGUCAUUGUGACGUUACCGAUUGUAUACAAUUUGAAGAAGCAUUCGAGUAUGCAUUAUGCAUGUUCUUGGCUAUCAACAUCGUGAUAAACAACGUCGAAAUCAUGAACGAUAAUUUUUGGGAGCUUGAAGUGGAUGUCAAUUUAAACGGGACCAUUCGUGGAACGCUAUUGGCUCAAAAAUUCAUGGGAAAACAAAGAGGAGGUGAAGGAGGUGUCCUAGUUAAUAUCGGCUCGGGAGUCAGUAUAAAGCCGCAGGUUUCCACACCGAUUUACACUGCAACAAAGCAUGCCAUUCUCGGGUUAACCAAAGCAUUCGGAGAUCCCGUUAACUACGAAAACUGCUUGGUACGGGCCUUUGCUUACUGCCCGGGUCCUAUUGAGAACUCCUUUUCGGAGCAAAAAAGGUUCCAGCUUCCAGGUUUUGAUAAGGCAAAGGAAUGUGAUCUGGCUGGUAUGCAGUACCAAAGCAUGGAACAUGUGGCAAAGGAAUUGAUACCCUUACUGAAGAAUGCUUCUCCCGGAUCAAUAUGGUUUGUUGCAGAUGGUGAACCUGCGAAAGAAAUUCCUUACAGCAAUAUUUAAACACGGGCAUUGAAUAGAGAUAACCAUAGUUCAUUCCUUAAUCUAUUUAAAAUAUCUUGCUAUGCAGUAUGAAUACCAUUUUUCCAUCGCUGAUGGAACAGUCUAGUCAUCUAAACCGCAAUGGAAUAUCUUACGCUUUUGUAAUAUUUUUAAGGUAGUCGUAAACAAAAAAAUAAUCUAAAAUACAAAAGAAUAUCCUACGCUUUUGUAAUAUUUAUAAGAUAGUCGUGGGUAGGCCACCGGAAAGAAGUAAUUUACCAAUUUUGUAAGACAGGAUUGAUAUGUUACUUUUUAAUGUCAUAAAAAAUAAUAUUACAAUAAAUAUUAUAAAAAAAG